GUUUGCCUAUUUUCCCAAUAUGAUACAAGACUGAGUAUUCUUCCCUCUUUACUUCUCUUUCAGAAUCAUAAACAUGUCGAGGUCCAUUCAUGACGACUUGUUUCCUAGCCAUGUUCCUGAACCACAGUUUGAUAAUACAAGCAGCAAAAUAACCUCAGCUCGUCGACAUUCGGCUUCAGCAUCCUUAAACACAAAAGAGGCAACAGACAUUACUUCGUCAUGGAGAAUGAAGGCUCUAGUUUUAUUGUGCAUGCUAUCAUUACCUGUGGGUUGUCAUUAUCUCGAAGCAACUAUGGGAACAUUAAAAACUACCCUAAAAGCUUCAAUGUCCAUCAAUAAUACACAGUUCAGUAUUCUUCUAUCUUCAGUAACUCUAGUAAAUACAGUGCUACCAUUAAUUGCAGGCAUCUUUAUUGAUGAUAUUUCUAGUAUUGGGUCAAUACGCGCAACUGCCGGAGUAAGUCUCGUUAUAUUCAUUGGUAGUCUGCUAGUGUCAAUCGGUGGCCACAUUAACAGUUAUCCAUGCAUGAUGACAGGACAGAUUGUAUAUGGCCUUGGAGGUGGUAUGAUUGUCACAAUGCAGGAAGGUAUCUUAUCGCGCUGGUUUCGUGAUAAAGAAUUAGCCAUUAUCAUUGGCAUCAUUUUGUGUGCUGCAAGAUUGACAAAAUGGGCUGCCAAGAUGGUAGCCUACCCUAUAGUAAAUGCUACUGGCUCGCAUGCUUUCCCAAUUCAUGUCGCGACAAUUUUUUGUGGCGGUGGUCUUCUCAUCAAUCUAUUAUACUGGGUCGUAAUGUGGCACAAAGGCCUAUGUUCUGUUUCUGGAAAGGAGAUCACUCAAUAUCGAGGCACAUACAAAAACGAGUUUAAACAAUUAGAUAAACCAAAAGAAGUACAUCAACGAGAUGAUAAUUCUUCAUACGAAUCUUCCUUCAUCUCUUCCUUCCGUCAACAACAACAAAGCAGGAACUUCAAAUGGACUUACCCAAUCUUGUUCUAUAUCCCGAAAAUGUUCUGGAUGAUCCCACUGAUUCAAUUAACCAUGUCUAGUGUACUGAGUAGUUUUGAUGAUGUCGCAACUGAAUAUGUCGAAUUCAGAUAUAAAACAACAAGUGUUAUGGCUGGUUAUCAAAGUAGUCUUACGCAGGUUGUUCCUAUUGUUAUGGCACCAAUAAUGGGUAUUGUAGCUCACAAGUAUGGCAAAAGAAUCACAACUUUGUUUUCUGCAACCUUAAUUUUAAUGACAUCCAUGAUCUUACUGGCUUAUACCUGGGUUACACCUGCCAUUGGCAUGAUUAUUUUUUCAUUUGCACUUGCACUGGGUCCAGUUUCGGUGCUUAGUUCUACAUCAUUAUUAUUACCUCAUGAACUUGCUGGUACAGGCAUGGGGUUACAUAAAUGUUUCAACAAUAUUGGUACAACUAUCGUAUCUGUUCUCGUCGGUUAUGUACAAGAUUUAACCUUUCAUGACGGUGAUCCACACGAUGAUCUAUCCGACUUGCAAACAGAAUAUAAUGGUGUCAUGAUUCUCUACCUUUCAAUCGCUACAUUCUCCAUCAUUAUUGUGAUGGUCUUUUGGUUAAUGGAUCGUGUUUUAUUGUCAGGCUGGCUUCAAGCAGAUAAAAAUGAACGCCAACGUAGAUUAGAUUUGGUACAGACAAAAGAAGAAGACGAAAAGACACUUUAUCUGCACGCUGAAAAAGAUGAACUGGAAAAAAUUAACAAGGAAAAAAUGAACGCCCUCAAGAUGAUUGGAUCGCGAUUAACAGAAAAAAAAUCAUAUACCUAUGUUUCAAUCUCUCUCUUUUGGCUAAUUCUUUCUUGGAUUGUUUUCUUUGCGUUUGCUCUCAUGCCUGUUUAUAAAAAAUACAUGUGACCACAAAUAAAAUUUAUCGCGUCAUCCAAUAUAAAGUUUACUUUUUUCUUCAUUCAUCUUCUUCGAUUAUAAAUC